AAGCUGUAUCUUAUGAAAACUAAGGACUUGUGUGCUUUAGCGGUGGUGCCUGUAUGAUACAAACAUCACCGCAGAGCUGCUGUCUGGAAGCUGCUCACUAAAUAAAAUGGACACCUCAGAAACGCCAUCUGGAGUCCGUCUGGUGCUACUGUAUGUGGGGAAGCAUCUUUAAAGAAAAGCCAGAUCAAGCUCUGUACUGUAACACUGAUUGUCAGCCUUUGUCAGUAGAUUAUUAACAGACUGUCAGUGUUCGAGCGCAUCUGCUGAAAUUGGCUUUAAUGUGUGUGUGUGUGUGUGUGUGUCUUGGAUCAGAGUGACAGCUGAGUGUUGCAACACUCAGUCAAGCCUUCACCUCGGACCCAGUCUGACAUAAAAACAAAUGUGUGUGUCUGUUUGUUCAAACGGUCGAGGAAGAACCGUUUGAACGUUUACAUGUGAUUACGCACCGAGUCUGAAGUUAAUCUGACCUCAGGCUGAGCUCUAAGAAAAAGAUAGAACGAUAUUUUGACAAAUCAGUACAUCAGGACAAAAUUAACAAUAUAUACCGACACGUCUACGUUCUGAAACGAGCGAUUUACGACACAUUUGUCCCGUGAAGACAGUUAGUACAAGCAAACCUCACGGGGGAAAAGUAAGAUAGAUUUAUAGGAUAAGAAUACAAAAAUGUUCUUGCAUGACUUUGUCCCAUCUCUACCACCAGCAGGUCAAAACCUCCACCUGUCCAACACUUUAGUUCAUGACAGUACUAACGACUGAGCCCUCAGUAGCCUCAGUUGUACGGAUGCUAACAGAGCAUGCUGAUAAAAGCACUACCAGGCUACUACAGGACAGACACACACCCCCACCCCACCUUACCUAAUGUGUCGUUUGGAGCUUAGGUAAAACUGCAGCACGUCACAGUACUGCACAGACUCAGCAUGUGCCCCUAACACUGAAUAAAAGUCUGAAAAUUUAGACUUUUACCAAAGAAAACAGCUUCCUGCCACCGAAAAGACUUCCUGACUGAGAGGGGGAGGCUCAACGCUGUCAGAAUGGAGCUGAGCACCAGUGAGGGCCAACUGUGCAUCAGCAUUGACGCCAACGCAGUCAGACUGCUGCCAACCACAGUGAGACAACAAAAUAACUUUCAUUUAACUUGGAUCAGUUUUCAGUAUCUAAUGUAUGUCCAUCUGGAGGACUUUGACCUCCCUCCGUUAGUGCUGAGGAGGUUCUGCGGUGAUCCCGACUCCGUCCUCGACCCCACCUCCACCGGAAGAGCCAUCUGGUGUCACGUCCUGCCCAGCAUGAAGAAAGGCCAGAUUAUCACCAUCAGCCGUCAGUUGCCCAGAGACGGACCAUUUAGGACCUACAGAGACCUGCAGAACCACUGGAACCGCCUGUAUGGUUACAGACUCCCUGAGCUUGCAGAGGAGGAGGUGGUGUACUGCAGCGUCUACUUCAGACUAGUGGGACAGAGGCUCUUCACCUACCCUCUGAGCUGUAUCCGCCUGCAGCCGCUGCAGCGCUGCCCUCGGGCCGACCUGCAGGGGGCGCUGGGCUCCUUCCUGUCUGACGUCAGGGCCAGGCUGCAGAGCGUGUGUGGCUUCCCUGCACGUCUGACCAGCAAACCCCGUUACCACACAGUCAGUCUGAACACUGCUGCAACAGUACAGGUGCUGAGUGGUGAGCAGAUCAACUUGACCACCUCCUCCUCCAUGAGGCCGGUCCUCACUCAGCUCCCUGCUCCUCCUCCUCCUCCUCCCCGACCUGUGAAGCCCCCCUUCGGGUCACAGCCUCCAGCCUGGGCCCCUCUCUCCCAGCAGGACGGAGCCCAGGGGCCUCUGGGUAAUGGAUGUGGAUUUGGAGGAAGACUGACACAAAGUCAAGGAUGUAGAGGAGACGGAGCUUGGCCUUCAUCGUCGUCCUCCUCCUCACGUGUUUCUUUUUCUGAUUCCUCGGGUUACCAGUCAGCUUCUUCUGUCUCCUCCUCUUCCUCUUCUCUCCCACUCUUCCAGCCAGCUUCAUCCCUGACCUCCUCCUCCUCCUCCUCCUCCACCCUUUCGUCCUCCUCCGUCCUCUCCCCUCUUCCUCCCCCGAGUCAAACCCCGGUGAUCCCUGCUCCCAAACUGGUUCCCAUCUUCAAGAACAAGUGUCCAUCGCGCCACGUCAACGUCGCCCUGCUGCGGGUCCAGAAGCAGAGGGAGCAGCUGGGCGGAGCGGGGGAGGAAAGGAGGAGGGUGACACUACCUGCCUUUAAGAAGAAGACUCCCGCCACUGCUUCUUCUUCUUAUUCUUUGUCUUCUGUUUCUUCUUUGUCAGCUGCAUCCCUCCCAAUUCCUCCUCUGCCAACCAUUCCUCGCUUCAACCGUCGCCCCAGAUCUCACAGCGGCACCACUCCUCAACCGACAGGUCACCCCAAACUCAAGCACCUCCUCAGCCUCAGCCCCGCGUCAAAGUCUAAACCUGGGCUGAUCCUCACUCCAAAGCCGGAGGUCAAACCCAAGUCCAGCCUCAAAACCAACGUGAGGACCAGCUGUGAAAGCAAUACUGCUGCUAACUCCAGCCGUAAAGCUGCACCACCUGAGCCUCCUCGACCUCUGACGUCUUCUGACGUCUCCUACAAAGAUACCUCCACCAGCAGCCGAGGGGGAGUUGCGUUCGAGACAAAGCCGAAGAAAUCCAGAUCUGCGAUACAAGACGUGGAUGUGGAGAAAAUGGCCAGAAGCAACCAGUUGUCCAAGCUGAACUCUGCGACUCUGCUGUCCUGGUUGAGAGGAAGAGGAGCGCUCGUCAGUGCCAAACACAAGAAGCAGGAGCUGAUGCUGAAGGUCAUGGCCUGUCUGGCCGAGGCCUGAGACACACACACACACACACACACACACACACACACACACACACACACGACUUACUUUGGAGUAUUACCGCUGUGCUAAACGCUCCUCAUUUAAGGAUUUGAUGUAAAAUCUGGCCGUCUUAUCGGUCUGAAACAAAGAGUGGAACAGAUGAGAGCAUCUCAUCCUCGCUAAGUGAGACGCUGAAUAUUUGCCAAAUAAAGUCAGAUAAAGUCCCGGCGGCGUCCACAGGAAGUGACAAAUUUAAACUUUUCUCUCUCCUCUCUUUGGUUUUGUUUGAUUUGAAGCAUCGCAGGUUGUUCGGGUUGGUGAACGGUUUAAAUCACCUUACAGGAGUUACGAUGUUUAAAUCUUUUUGAAUGCAGCUUUAACCGUCUGUCAUCUAUCGGGUAAAACUUUUAGCUGUUCAUUUAUACAGGAGCUGCUUCAUGUUUUGACUUCCUUAAGUUAUCUACCUCUCGGAAAUACACGCAUUAAAAUAAACCACUUUUAAAGGUAUGUUGUCCUGUUUUUGAGGCGCAAAUCCUUUUUUCUGAAUGUUGUUCAAAAAAAGGUGUUUUGAAUUUCAAAACCUUUUAUAUUUUCAUAGAAAAUAUUCUGUAUUCUGUAUUCUGCAACCAAUAUUUGCUUAUUUAUACAGUAGCUGCUUGCUUGUUGUUCAGAAAUGUACAAUUAUAUUUAUAUACUGAAGCUCUGUGGAUAAAAAAGGAUUUUUAGAAAUUGCAAUGCGUAUUUUUUAUUCGCUAAAAUCUGAAGCCAGUCGUUCUGUUAUUACACUCAUUGUCAUCUCCCCCUUUGUUCUCCAGGUUGUCCGUGCAGCUGUUUGACGCACGCACACACACACACACACACACACACACACACACACACACACAGAUGUGUCCAGUCGUCCAUGUAUUAGUGUAAAUGAUACGGCAGGCGUUUCUCUCAUGGUGUGUUUGUGUGUUUUAGGUCACAUUCACAUUCCUGCAGGCGAGCUGAGUCUUGUUCUGUGUGUGUGUGUGUGUUCGGUUUGUAUGCGUGUGUGUGUGUGUGUGUUUGGUUUAUGUGCGUGCGUGUGUGUGUGUGUGUGUUUGGUUUAUGUGCGUGCGUGUGUGUCCGCAUACAUCAGGGUUUUACAGUAAAUCGUUUCAACGUCCAGAUUUACACACACCAGAACGUUUCAGCAGAAUCAUUCCCAUCAUGCUUCAGUCAGGAGGGUUUGGCGUGCACCACAUUGUGUGUGUGUGUGUGUGUGUGUGUGUGUGUGUGUGUGUGUGCGGUAAUGUUAGUUGUGAAGCAGGCGUCAGCUGUGUGUUAAUGAUGCAUCACAACUGUUGACUUUUUCUGAAAUAUAUAUAUAUCUUAUUCUGAAACAACACAGCUUCAUAAUAGCUAACAAUGCUAAAGCUAGCUACUGGGAGCUUCUUUAGUUUAGCUUGUAGAGCUAGCUUCAGUAACUCCAUAUGUUUUCAUAGAGAGUUGCUUUUUUCUGUAUUCUGACAUAAAUGAGAAACAAUUAUUCUGUUAGUUUGUUGUUUUGUUAGCAACAGUUACAGCUUUGCCAGCGUGCUAGUGGCUAAAACUCCUUUUAAUAAGUACUAUUGUUGUUUAUUUAAUAUUUCUGUUGUUAGAGGCCUUUAUUGAACACCAUUUCCCAUAAGCCCUUGACCCGUGGUUUCCAACGUUUUUUGACCUGUGAGCCUUUAAAGCGAGGCCGUGUCUGUCUCGCCGCCUCUCGUCACAGGUCACGGUCUCAGCGUGGACGUCGGAGGGAUUUUUCCUUCUCAGAUUCUUUCAUUUGAAGAAUUUCGAGCGGCCAGAAGAGUCGAAAAAAUAUCUUGAGAAAAAUCUUUUUAUCCUUUUAAUCAACUGUGAUCCCUCAGAUUUAUCUUGUGACCCCUCGGGGGAUCUCAGCCCCCAUGUUGGGAACUGUUGCCCUAGACCACCGCAGGUUAAACAUCCCCCGCUGUAACUUCAUACAGAAAUGACCGGAACAUCACGUUUCAACUCUUUACUGAACAAAACUCUGCAGUUUUUACAUUGUUCACAACACUUGUCUCACGUUAGUUACUUCCUGGAUUGGCUUAGACAUUACUGUCACCUUGAAGCCUCUUCUAUCAGUCCCUGUACUCCCUUACAAUACAAACCAAAUGUUUUUGUGUUUGUUGCAUUUAACCUUUUUAACUGUACGUUUUAACUACUGUAUAUGAAUAAGUAUACAGCUUACAAUAAUAAGCUAUAUAAGACAUAGCUACAACGUUUUAAAAAAUGUUUUUAGAAGAGUGUUGGAGGACAUGGAUGAGGAAAAAAACAACAGUUACGGCCGUGUAUUUUGUGUGCGGUCAUGCUGGGAGCUGUAGUUUUUAAUUUCGAUCAUUAUCAAGCUAACUUUCUAAUAGUAGCUGUAGUAGAUCGUAGAAUAAAGGAUACUGAACCCCAGGAACACGCUUCGUUUUUUCAGACUGAGAACAUACAGAAGCUAGUAGAAUAAAGGCUAGACAGGAAGUGAUGUCGGGAAAAUAACUUUAGCCCUGUUUAUUGUUGGAGAACAGCGCCCUCUACCUGUGUGGUGCUGUAAAGUCACCCAGCAGAUUUCCCUCUGACCAGUUGGUUCACUGAAGCCAAUAGAUACUGACAGUCUGUUCAAUUAUGGUCUCAUUUGUUUUCAUUGAUUAUAAUAACGUCUCUACAUAAUGUGUGUGUGUGUGUGUGUACUCUUCAAAUCCGUCUCUUCCUGGGAACGAGGCUGGAAAAUCUAAACUCUCUCUACGAAAAUAUACCGAGCUCAGAUGAUGUGUGAUCCCUGUGCGUUGGGUUAUUAUGACUGAGAGGAAAUAUUUGCUCAGUGUAAACAUCUUCGUGCUCCGCUUAAUGAGACGGGCUCUUCUCCGGAUGACAGGCGUGUAAUCUGCUCUAAAUAUAACUGCGAUAAUAAAACAUGCUAACAUUAGCUAUUGGCCUGCUGGAGAGAGAUUUGUGUGUGUUUAUGUUCGGAUUUCGGCUUCCAAAUGUGAAGCAAAAGGAGGAUUUUCCAAAUAAAUGUCAGUCUGAGAGAGUCAUCGGAUCAGUCGGUCUGUAGGAAGUGUUUCCAGGAACAUAGGACACACAUGUUUGUAUUCAAAGUGGAAAAAAUCUUCACAAUGAACAUCUAUAACAAUCAUUUUGCUGUCACAGUGAACAUUUUAUUAAAUAUAUCUCCAUUCGUCAACUGAUGAGUCACUUUUUGGCUCUGCGAUCAGAGCUUUUUCAGUUAUUUAAUGUUCAUGUUUUAUCCCCUCAAAAGUACUUGAAACUGUCCUGAAGCAGAUCUUCUGGCAUUGAUAACAAGGUUACUACAUCCAUAUGUUGCCAGUUCACUUCAGUGAGACUGAGACAGCGUCUGCCGUUAGUUCAGAUGCCUAAAGGCCCCAACCAGCAUUUAAAAUGGCGAAACUGUGCAGCAAAAUUAGUUCGUAUCAGUUGAAUUGUCACCAUCCGUGGAUUCGCUAACGAGGGCAAAUUAAAAUCGCACAUAUCUCAUUUAUUUUUCACGUCGUACUCAACUGCAAAUUUGCCGUCGUGACGGUGCUGGCCUUUGAGGGAAGGGAUCGUAGCUUAUUAGCCGAGUGUAAACUGCUCCACAACUGAGACCUGCUUCACACACUGUCAGGAGACAGGAGGGCAUCAUGCUAACGUGUCUCCGGAUAAAACCGGGUGAACUUAUUGUCCCGUUAGCGACUGAGCUAGUUAGCAAGCUUUUGUCCCUCUUCAGUAACUGUUUAUUGAAUGAAAUGAACCGUGAGAACAAAUUGCCAGGGUGAGUAAACAGCCCGGCAUGUUAGCCAUUAGCUCGCCAGGUACAGUUUCUGUUGUGACUGGGAACUAAAACAAACUGGGAUUAUGCUUAACUGACAAAGACCAGAGGCGGAAGUAUUGUUACACAUCGUUAAAACUUUGCAGGGAGGAGGUUGGGGUGGAUAAGUGGGUCAGCAAAGUGUGGGAUAUUGACGCCGCUGUUAGUUUCCUGUUAGCAGCUAGCCUGGCUCUGUCCGCCUCUUAUAUACUACAUAAGUCAGAUGAGUUCUGUGUCUUUCCUGAAAAAAGUGCUUGUGUUUUUGAGAUAUUAGCUCGUCUCCUGGUAUCUCAGCAGCCACCUGUUGAUUGCCUCUCGGUGUUGCUGGCGGCGGCGGCAGCGGGGGGCGGGGGAUCAUUUGAAAAUGUGACAUCAACACAUUGUGUCCUGCCCGGCUGAGCUCGCAGCUCCCCUCAACGCUCUGUGUGAAGUCUAAUGUUUCCCACAAUGCAUUUUGAUAACUUCCCCGGUCAGGAAACUUAAUCCUGAGCUAUGGGACGCUUGGUGCGCUGAGGAAUGCCAUUAUGUUAGACACGCUAAGAGUGUGUGUGUGUGUGUGUGUGUGUGUGUGUGUGUGUCCAGUCAGAUUCCCUGCAGGUGAAAUCACUGUUAGCUGUCAGGCAUUUCAUCAUUUCUCUCUCUGGAUAUCAACAGUGUGCAGCAUCUGGCUCGCUCCCAUGAGUCAAAUCUAACCUCUGAGAGAUCCAACACGCACACACACACACACACACACACACACACACACACACACACACACUGCUCUGUAUAUGUAUCAGCUGACAGUUUGAAGCAGAGGGUGACAGAAACCUCUCUUGUGUAAAGAGGCUCUUAAAGUUGAGAAACUAAACUAAACUGUGAGUUUGGACCGACUCUGACUCUAAAUCUCACACGCAUGCGUUAAGAGUGUCCGAGAUAAUCAGUGAUAGUUAAGAGUUUGCUCUAAAUUAGUCUCAUUCUUCAGUCGGUUGGUGUUUGAGUGAAAAAAACCCAUUAAAAAUGUCAAUAACAGAUAUUCUCUUAAAUCCAAUAAGAAAACAAAUGCGAAGGAAAAAUAAAUGCAGUGUUUGAUUUGUUCGAACCAGCAGCAGCUGAUGAAUUAAUUUUCUUUUAUUCCUUGCGAAGGGUAUUUACUCAGAAAUCUGUCCUUCGUGUUGAAAUACAGUUUCAUGCAGCGCAGCUCCAAACAACCACAUGACUUUUUAAACCUCAGCAGGAGAGUUCGGUGGAUUUUGUUUAACUUUUUCUCAGAGCAGUGAUGACUCGCUCGUAUCAGACCUUGUAUCUGCCAGGAAACCUUUUCAAGAUUUGAUAGCGUUGAAGAAAAAGAAGAAGGCGCUCUCUAAAACCUUCGGUCAGAAGAAACUGAGUUUCCUAUUCUAGCAAGUUUUGUGCCAAUGAACAAUGCAUCAAGUUUAAAGGGACAGUUCACCCAAAAAUCAGAAACACACGUGUUCCCUCUCACCUGUAGAGCUGUUUAUCCAUCUCGGUUGUUUUGGUGCGAGUUGCCAGGUUUUGGAGAUAUCGGCCGUAGAGACGUCUGCGUUUUUGAAUAUAACGGGACUCUAUGGCGCUCGGCUUGAGUGAGACGUUGCUGUUGAGUUUAGUAUUUAAAUGUAUUGUUUUGGCGCUUUGAGCCCCACAAGCCGAGCGCCGUAUACAGUAGUCCCAUUAUAUUCAAAAAACGCAGACGUCUCCACGGCAGAUAACUCAGCAACUCGCACCAAAACAACCGAGAUGGAUAAACAGCGCUACAGGUGAGAGGAGGAAUAUGUGUUUUAGAUUUUGGGGGGAACUGUCCCUUUUUUUAAAGAAAGUUUUCUACCGGGAUUAAUUAAAUUAAUUUAAAUCAGGAAGUCACAUUAGGACACUCAAGCUCAGCACAUUGUUCAACAGUUUUUACAGCUGUACAGCGUUUUUGCAGAGAUAGAGCUAGAUAAGCGAGCACCGGUCCAUUAGUUUCCCUGCAGAGCUAAUCGAGCUGGAAACUCUGCAACACUCAACAGAUUUCUGUUUGCUUUCUGUUUGUUAUUUUGUUCCAGACUUUAUAUAGUAUAGGACAUAAGCAUUUGAAUGCUGACAUUUGAUUUUACUCAUUUAAAGUUACUUAAUUUGUCAAAUAUCCAUGUUUUUCUCCCCCCCAGUCAGUUUAUCAUAGAAAACAUAGAAGUUCCACACUUAAACAUGUCGUAGUCCCAGACCCAAUGACAUCUCUAUACUCAGCUCUGCGUUCCUACAAAUUACAUCUAUAUUGUACAAAUCCACACAUCGUGAUUUACUUCUGACUUUCGUGCGGGAGACUGGACAUCGUCUGCCCUCACAAACCCAGGGCUCCACGAUGAGGAUUGUUUGGAAGGAAGUUCGUGGUCUGUUUUGCAGGGGUGGUGGUGGUGCGGGGGCUGUUUCAUAAACUGUGGGAUUUAUCUCAACUGCCUUUUUUUUUUUUUUUUUUAUUGCCUAAUUCCUAAAUCCUCGUGUGGAGAAGUUGGCGAGGCUGCAGAGAGGCGCGAUCCAGUCCAGAUCCAGCACAAAGACUCUUUUGUUUCUGUGGGACAGAAACCAGGAGAAAGUCAGAGUGAUGGAUAUGCACCAGCUAACGUUUGUCUUUCCUCAGCAAAGAAGAUUUUCUUCAGCCAAACUUUCCCUCGGUUGACGACUGGAGUAGAAAACCUGCAGGUUGCUGGUUCGAAAUCCACUGACGAAACCGGAGUUUCUCCGUCAAAAGGUAUGUUGAAGAUAAAUCAGUUCAGUGUCUGUGCUCGGUGGACUGAAGGACAGAAGAGCUCAGUACUGGACAUACGAAGCUCAUCAGGAAAAAAUAAACAAGUUCGUCCAGUCUGAGCAUGUGCAGUGAGCAGCGUGUCCGAUGUCUGCAGGUGGUUUUAUCUGAUGGGAGACGUCACUCUCCUUCCUGCUUCCACCAGACUGGAAUGUGGCUGCCGGCCAAUAAGAGCAUCAGAUGCAAGUAGAUGUAAUGAAUGUUUCCCAGCGAAGGUGAUUAAUUAAAACGCCUGGAGGAAGCUGAACUCUGCUGCCGGACGUGUGAUUAAUUAAGAAGAGCAGCAGAUGAAAGUCGCAGCCCGAGGCUUGAGGCUUCUUCUGGAUCCUCUGAGACUUUCACUGUGGAUCAGAGGAGCUGCUUCUCUCAUCUUUAACCCUUCACACCAAACAGGAGACACACCAGGAACUUCUUCAAACCUUUAUGUUUUACCUCAGGUGUGCUGAACUCACAUAUUAAUGGGUUCAGUUUUCAGAUGCAGACAUGUUGUUGUCUUUUAAAAGCAAGUAGAAAAGAUCAAAUUCAACAUUCAACAUUGAAAAAUCACAUUUUAUUUCUUGGAUUUGUUUUUUUUUUUUAAAAUGUAGUUUGGGUAGUCGGCCCAAGCAUCGAUAAGCAGACACACCUGUAUAAAAAACUAAAUAAGAUUUAAUAUUAUUAAAAUAAAAAACUUUUAACACA